AUGUAAAAAGCAUAAAUAGCUUAUAAUUAUUGUCAAAAUGAGUGUCAUUCUGAUGAAUUUUUAAAUACAGUUUGUCUUGAUUAAUCUUGCAAAUAAGAAAGGCUUCUGUGUUGUUUGUGUUUAGAGCUUCAUGAAGGACACAGAAUUAUAGCUUUAAAAAAGUUUUUAAUAGAAUACAGUUAACAAUUUCACAUUAAAAAGCAUCAUGAUGAAGAAAUGAAUACUAAAUACUGGUUUAUUGUAAAUUUAUUCUUUAGUUUAUCAAAAAUGUUUGAUAGUUUUGAGACAGAAGUAAAAUAAAUGUAGUAAAUUAUUAAUGGGAAUUUUGACAUUCUUUUGAAUUAAAUCAAAGAGUAAAUUUUUAUUAUAGUCAGGUCCAAAAAUAAUUUUUAGAAAUUAGAAAAAUGCCAAUCUUAUGAAUAAAUUAAAAGAAUUCUCGAAAACAUAUCUAAAUCAGAACAAGUUUUAUAAGAUGUACAAUAUUUGUUUUCUCAAAUUGAAAGUAUAUCUUCCAAGGAUGGAUUUCAAUUUUAAUUAAUAAACCCCUGUCCGAAACUAAAUAAUAUGAAAGAGAGGUAUUUUUAAUCCUAAUAAAUUUUCAACGAUUAUAGUGAAUUUAAUAAAUAAAUAUGUAAAAGAAUUGAAAAAAAAAUUCAUAUGUUAAACAAUUCAAUAAAAAACUUAUUUAGUGAUAUUUAAACAAAUGAUGAUUAGGAUAGUUUAGGGUAGAUUUCCACAUCAUUAAGCUAAGGAAAGGAAGAUAUUUUAUAUGCUAAGACAUCAAAUUGUUAAAAUGAAAAUGAUUAUUAAAAUCAAAAUCUAUUACAAAUUUAAGCAGAUUGA